AUGAAUCCCGAAAUCGGCGAGCCCAUUGGUGAUCCCUUCACUUGCUCGCAGAUUGUUCCGUCAAACGUGAAGUACGCCCUGAGACAGAACUUUAGGAGCUGAAGGACUUGGGCGUGUCCGAGACGAUUCUCCGUUUCAUUGUAUUUGCUUCGUAGGAGUAGAUUUCAGCAAUUGACAACUUGCAUGCCGGCUAUCAAGCAACUAGCGUAUCAGCGGACAAUAAUUCUUGAUAUAAGGGAGCGCGGUUAAUAAUUUUGGUAUGCGGCAGCAUGCCGACUGCAUCCUAUAAACACUGGCACUUUUUCGUUUACGAGUCAACCUUUUCUGCCACUGUCUCUGAUGAUGGGUUCAAGUGAGAACCCGAAACGUCGGGCGAAUAAAGCCCUUGUUCCAGCGAUCGCUUCUUCUUUUUUUUUCUUCUUCUUCUUCUUCUUGUCAACUAGUGCCUGGAACUCGCAUCUUCGCUUGUAUCGGUGAAUUCCUAGGCAAAAUAUCGACAGAGCAGAUAAUCGUUAAAUUCUUCAGUAAAGCUGUACCGAACUCCUUAGUCGCUUCGAGGCGAAAUAAACUCAACAUUCCGUAGCAGUCACGCACAUUUUCGCCGUAGUAACUUUCACUGUUUGGCGACGCCAGCUAAUGUGCCUUGGCAACACAAUCCAAAACACACUUCUCCAAAACACGAAUAGCCUGAUUCCAAAACCUGUUCAAACUAUCUUAAUGUCAAAGUAGAUAUAGACACCUUCUAGAGACCCUGAUGUUCGUUUGAUGGCUAUGCCCGAUUUUUCCACCCCCAUGCAUAUCGUGUCGAGAUAAGACGCAAUUCGACUGUUCUGACUAAGGACGGCCGUGUGCUCCAUAACUGGAUGAGAGCAUGGACGAGGACUUGCGCAGGAAUCGGUUCAUAGGACUUGCGCUGCAUCUACCGCACUACCACUAAUCCCCCGAUGUCAAGUCAGAGUCGACGAGACCGGAAGCGAGAGUGCGCAGUUGGAUGGCGCGGCAAGGGCCUGCCCCAUGGCGUGCUACCACGGCCCUUGGUCAACAACGUUCAUUGACCAGGGUUACACACAAGAAAAAAGGAGGGGAAUCACAGACCCCAAGUGGCACGGCCUGUCUCUACAACCAGGUCUACCGCCAAAUGCCAAGUAUUAACAUUUAUUAUGGGUGCGCAUUCCCGAUGUCGCCUGCCGGACUCCGGUCUAGUCCCCGUGUUGGUCCAACGCAUCUACGUGCAGCCCGUUUUAAGGUCAACCCCGACAGAUACAGGGGUAGUAACUCACAGAUGAGGCAAUGCAGGAUGCUGUCAGCUGUAUUGAAGUCAAUAACAUAGCGCGUUAGUUUAUCCAGAAGCAUCUACUGCAGAUGAUCAUAUCCGAGGUGGUGCUGGCGCUGCUGCCGGCAAAAAGGUGUUGUUAGUACCGCUAGUGAUGGCGAUAAGGAUGAUGAUCGUGGUGGUGGUGGUGGUGGUGGUGGUGGUGGUGGUGGUGGUGGUGGUGGUGGUGGUGGUGGUGGUGGUGGUGGUGACUGUGUGCCCCCCAAACGGGCCAGGGGGUAGACGCACUGGACCAACCUAGGGGUCAUAUCGGAUUCCGGCAGGCGUUAUCGGAUUGUUCAACAAAACAAAUGCCAACAUUAGGGGAGCGGUGGCAGACCGGGUUGCCGGCAGCCGUUGCACACCUAGAGACCCCUGCCGCCUCCACUGUUGUUGUUGUUGUUGGUCAAAAAUCCGGUCAUGUGCUGUGUGGACCAGGGGAUGAGGAGUGGAGCACAAUGGUGCGGACUCGACCGUGCUAUCUACCAGCGUCCUCGUCCGCCUCCGGUCUUUUCUAUUCUGUAUUGACAGCGGAUCCUGAUGGGGGAGGAGGGAGUACCGUAGACGCUGGGCAAGUUUACAUUCACUAUAAAGUUAUUCACGCACAAGUCACCGUCCCUGCUCCACCUUGCAGUUGAGAACAUGGUGGGCAUUGUCAGAAACGACGACUGAACUGUGGGCGAUGGUUGUGAUGUUGCCGCUGCUGUUGCUGCUGCUGCUGCUGCUGCUGCUGCUGCUGAUGAUGAUGAUGAUGAUGAUGAUGAUGAUGAUGAUGAUGAUGAUGAUGAUGAUGAUGAUGAUGAUGAUGAUGAUGAUGAUGAUGAUGAUGAUGAUGAUGAUGAUGAUGAUGACGAUGCCACCGACAAUGGUGACAGGGCUGAUGUCAGGGAAGUUGGUAAAAUGACUGAAGUAGGCCUUCGGCGUGUAUGGGUAAAUUAGACUUUUAUGACUGCUGGAAGUGUCUUCGGAACACAGACAAAAGCAAAUCACUGAUGCUAGUCCCAACGGCAACUCUGAACCCAACCGAAGCCGAUAACCCCUGUUGCCAAAAAUUGGAAUUUUGUACAACCUACUAAGUAAUUUAAGUAACAAAAGUGCCUCGAUUUGUGUCGGGUCACUUUUACCUUCAGAACUGUUGCAGAUUUGGCCCCCUUCUUGAGGAUUUUGCGAGCACACCUGCUGCGAACCACCCAAAAGCCGGUUUCUCACUGGCUUCCGCCAUACAUCUAGUAGUUUCCUCCUUGGAAUCAUGCUGAUUAUCUGAAUAGUAGUGGAGGUCAGGUUUUCAAAUAUUAUUUCGUAGAAUAUGAAUCUGCACAUCAAACACCCAAGUCCAAAAUUAUGUGUAUGCCAAUAAAAUGAUGAUCAAACAUUCAUGGCAGAUCAAGUACUGAUCUAUAUAUCGCCAGUCUUUCUGUUAUCGCCAUAAAAAGGAAAUCUACUGCAUAACCAAAUCCUACACCUACGCUCGAAACGAUGACUGCGCUAGAAUUUGCCUGUUUGGUCUCUUAAAGCUCAAAUGCAUUCUUCCUUUUCUCCUGGCUGUCUCUUAACAUCUUUCAACGUAAUAAAGGGUAAUCUUGGGUUUUAUUUAAAAUUCCGUAUGAGCCGGGAUCUCAGGUGGAGGUAUGCGACAGUCAUGUACACAAAAAUUCAAUAAUGCUUUGAAUAAAAUCAGUGCGUAUUCAUGAAAUUGUUUAACAUGGAUGCCCAUAAAACAGUUUGUUCCCUUAUUCCUCAGACUCCCUUUGGAAAGUAAAUUAGCAAGUUUUAUUGUUGUUUUCUCAAUAUCUGCGUUUAGUAAAAUCCGUGGCUUGUCUGCCGAGAUAGCUCGGAGCUAAAUGCGUACAUCAGCCUUGCUAAUUGAACGUAUUUAUUCAAUGGUUGAGCUCUGAAGUCUGAAAUUUUAGCAAGUAAUGCUAAGUGGGCAAGCUAAUACAGGCAUAAUGCAGAAUGAUUUUACGGGACCAUUUUAUAAUUUUCUAUAAUUCGAAGUGUGGAUAUUCAGCGUUAGUUUCUGACUUGAAUAAGUUAUUAAGACUUCGAAUGUCAAUAUCGCCAAUCGACCAACGCAUGCUGGGAGCACACGAAACGUCCCUAGCCCAAAAGUACACGAAGAGAGCGCUCCUCUCCGGCCUAUGGCAUCACUAAAGGACACUCCAACCUACGGACUGGCAAAGUGGCUGUUUCGGCGUCUCAAGUUUCGACUCGAACACCACAUGCAGCUCGUCAACACAAUUCUUGGAGAAACUCAAUGGAGUAAGUUUCCUGCCGAGCGAUGUCAUAGUUUCCUUUGAUGUCACGUCCCUUUUUACUUCUAUCCCGCAGGACCUGGCGGUCGAGACCAUCGAAACCACUCCUACGAGAGAAAAACGACGAAAGGGACAAUCGUCUCGGACGCGUCCAAAUCAUCCCUCUCCUUAAGCUCUGUUUCAAGACGUACUUUACGUUCGACGGAAAAAUCUACGAGCAGGUGAAGGGAACGCCAAUGCAAGGCGGUUCUACAACAGUUGGAGUCGCUGGUUUUCCGACACCACAGACCGAAAUUUUGGGCUCGGUAUGUGGAUGACACCUUCGUCGUCAUCGAACGGGAUCAGGAGCUGACAUUCAAGGAACAUCUCGACGCCGUCUUCCCGGACAUUCAAUUUACGAUGGAGGAGGAAGAAAACAACCAGCCGGCCCUCCUGGAUGACUUCGUCUGUCGCAAAGUUUGUGAUGGCCUAAAAAAUAAAGUGUUCAGGAAAGCGAUAUAUACGAAGCAAAUGCUGAACUUCAACAGCAACCACCUGAUCAGUCACAAAAGCCGUUGCGUAAGGGCACUUUACCUGCGCGUUGAGACGCACAGCAGUGUAAUAGAAGACUAGGUUGCUGAAUUGCCAUAUCGUCGAUGGGUACUGAGGCUACCCGCGCAACUUUGUCAACCAAUGCAUACGAUAACGACACCAGAGACCUAAUCCAACCGCCCUCAACUUUUGGCAGGCACUUCCGUACGUGACGAACGUCUCGGAAGCCGUCAGUCGUCUUCUUAUACCACUUGGAAUUGAGGUUGCACACAGGGCGGAAGCAAUCCUCAGGCGCCAAGUCAUGAAGCCGAAAGAGCCACUGCCACGGCAGGAAACGUCUAGAGUCAUUUACCGGAUCUGAUGCAGUUGCGGGCAAAGCAACUACGUCGGAGAAACUGAUCAAUUGCUCCGCACGCGAAUUGCUGAGCACGCAGCAGCAGUGAGGCGGGAGACCCCAGCUGUCAGGUGGCGGCGCACUCGACGGGACCCGGCCAUAUUUUCAAGUUUCAAGUUGCCGAAAUUCUUGCAGCGGGUGAUAACCGCGUGGGCCGCAUGCUGCUCGAGUCAUGGUUCUCAGGUCCGCAGUCCAUCAACAAUCUAAUGACCUCCCGGUACCGUAUUCCAUGCUGAGAUUUUCCCUGGGCAGGAGAAUCAGUCACGUGGGGAGGGUGCGGACGAGCAAUUAUCCCAGUGACAGUGAGCCAAUUUGCCGAGCAAUCGUCACACCAGCAUCCAGGACGGACGACAAAAUCACGGCGAUUGCCGACUCGGACGCGGACUGACAAGCCAACAUUGCAUCAAUUGCAACCCCAGCGGUGAAUGCGAGACCUGUUAAUUACAGUGUUCAUUUGAUCCCACGGCAGCCACGUGCUAUAAACACUGCACUCAUUGUGCCACCAUUACCCUUAUCUGCGACUGUCAAUGAUGAUGGAUUCGAGUGAGAAUCCGAAACGUCAGGCCACUAAAUUUAUUGUUCCAGUGAUCGCGUCUUCGUCUUCUGAACUGCUACCUGGAACUCGCCUGUUCGCUUCUAUCAGCAAUCUUUAAGGGCGCGAAGCGCUCCGAUCGGCUCGACGGUGUGAAACCUCUCCCCUCCGACUCUUGGUUCGAAGCGCCGACUGGACGUUGUUCUAACCUUCCAUUUCUUGAGUGCCUGGCGGAUGGUAAGCGGCUUUUGAGGGAGACCCGGGUCCAAAUUUAAUAAGCCGCUGAAAAUUCUUAUUAACGAUUCUACGACUCCUUGUAUUACUACAUUCUGCUGACGAUAAACUCAACCGCUUUCUAGUUGAAUGGCAUUGUUCGAGUGAUUUAGUAUUGUUUUCCUGUGAACUCCCUGCACCGGCUCCCUAUUUACGGGCUGGAAUGGUCGCAGCGUCCUACUCACACAAAUAGUUGGUCAUUUCUACAUUAACGAUUAUAUUCUAUCCGAGUUGUCUAACUUUCAGUCCAAAACGUCAUGUAACGUAAUUCCGUAGCGUUUCCAUACACAUAAGGAGGCUGGUUUCUGCAUUAAUUUUGCAUUAAUUAAUUAAUUAAUACAAAUUAUAUAAAGCAAAAGAUGGCUGUUUUCUUGAUAUGAACAUCUCCUCUGGAUAUCUGAUGUCUGCUUAGAUCAUAUGAUGAAUCCUUAGAUCAUAUGAUGAAUAUGCUGAGGAAUCCUGUUUCGUACAUCGCUUUUGGGAAGUUGCUCCUAUCUGCGAAUUUUCCUGAAUGAGCAUUUUUAUUUAAUAGUUAAGUUAUGCACGUAAUCUCAGUUGGGCGUACCUUGCGUAUAAUGUUCUAGUAAGUAGUCUUUAUUUCCACGUAGCAUAAUGCGGCAACUUUAUGCGACUUUAGUAAUAGAUUUGGACUUUAUCUAAAAAGGGCGUUCCUAUUUAAGGCCUCCAUAUUUGGUGAGCGGAUCAUAUCAUAAAAUAAAUUAGACAUUCCUGAGUAAAUUGCCGAAACUGAGUCACUAUUGAAAGUCAAACUUUUGUAAUUUCCACCUAGUUAACUUCGACCUUAUUUCUUUUGAUCCUUCUAUUCUUAAACAGUGUUUAUUUAACCCUGUAGGCACUCAAAUGGAACUUCCAGAAAUUCUCCUCGUCUGCCUCACACCGUUUAUCUGUCGUCUCUCGUGUCCCUCCUCCUUUUACAAUCACAGAUUUCAAGGAUUCCUUGACGCCAUUGUCGGCAUUGCACAUCGGGAAGACUGUUCCGUCCUCCACUUCCUCCAUCAUCUCCUCUGA